UAGAUUUUGUCAAAGUGGAGAUUCUUCUUCUUUGAGUAGGGCGACCACCUUCGACCUGUCAAAGAUUUUGUCUCCGUGACGGGUUUACUGCGGUGGAGAGGUGGAGAUUACUGGGCUUGUAUUUUGGACUUAAAGCCCUCUAGAUUGUUGAAAAAUGGCAGUGUCCGCAGUGAGGAAGUUUACAAAGGAACACGAAUGGAUAACUGUGGAUGGAACCACUGGUACUAUUGGUAUCACCUACCAUGCUCAGGACAAGCUAGGCGAAAUGGUCUUUGUGGAGCUUCCAGAGGUCGGAGAGGAAUUAAGCAAAGGAGACGCGUGUGGUUGCGUGGAGAGUGUGAAAGAGGUGCGCGACCUGUACGCCCCUGUCAGCGGAGAGUGUGUAGAGGUGAACCUGGCCUUGCAGGAGGAACCUACCCUCGUCAAUUCCUCCCCUUAUGAUGACGGCUGGAUUAUAAAGAUGAAACUGUCCAACCCAGAAGAGUUGGACGACAUGAUGGAUGAAGAAGCGUACCAGGCUUACCUGAAGGCGAAUUCGAUGGACGCGUAGACACCUAGCUCUACGCCUCGCUCUGGUCUACGCAGCUAGUCUUCUGAUAUUAUGCCUGUCUACCUGGGGGGGGGUGUAGACCCCCGUUAAACUACACCUCCGGCCGGGCCGGUACAUCUCAGGCCGGGCCGGUACAUAUCUCCGGCCGGGCCGCACAUCUCCGACGGUCUCACAGCACUAUAGCGAUAUUAGUCAGAACUGCAACAUGUACUUAGAAGCGUACAGUGCUUGCCGCUCGUAUGUUUCAGUGCAUUUUUCGGCCUUUUAUUCCCCAAAUAAACGGUUUGUGAUCUGUUAUCGACAUUUAUUGCCGUUUCUUAGCACAUUUUCGAAGUGUGCAAGGUGGUGACCCCUGCCUUGGUCCCCAAAUACGUCCACAAACCGAGCGUUGAAGGCACGAGUCGAGCGACAAAGGCGCGAGCAAUGGUGGAGCAAACAGUCGGACAGCUACAGGGGGUCCCAGAAAAGUCUACCCAACUUUGUAGGGUUAUUGUUUUUGGUAUUAGGGUAUUGGCACAUGUGAACGAAAAUAGAUGACUGUAGUGUACGUACAUGUUAUGAUGGUAUCAAUCGAAAGUAUAUUCUACUUUAUGGACAAACUAAUACUAGUAUCAUGGAUGCACUGAUGGUCGCGUUGCACAAGGACACUUGGGCAUAAACUUUCUUUAAUUCUUUAUUUCAUACAAUUAUGUACCAUGUAAUUAUGUAUUAGGUAUAAUGUUAUCAGGUGAGGUGAAUUAUAUAUGUGACAUUAUAUUGAGCCGAAAAUCAUCGAUAUUACGAUGUUAACACCAGGUUCAUUGUUCACUGAUUAGAAAAAAAAUGCUUAUAGAUUAAAGCCUGGUGGAGGAAAUCAAUAGCAUUAGCUCUCGGACAUAUGUUAUGAUGGGUAUGUGGGAAUAUAGAAAUGUGAUUUAAUGGUGAGUGACAUCUCAGCAUUUGCUUGGAACAAACAUGGUCCAAAUACAAACUAAAUAAUGCUUGUCAUU